AUGCUUCUCAAAGACUGUUUUCGACGGCCGUCGCAAGCCAUUAUUCGGAAAAAACAGCUGGAAAAAAAGCUUACGCAGAUGAAAGAAAAAUUCCACACAUCGGUCAAAAUUCUUCUACUGGGUGCUGGUGAAUCCGGGAAGACGACCAUCAUUAAGCAAAUGAAAAUUUUACAUGAGCAAAACGGGUUCAGCUUUGAUGAACGAUUAGAAAAGUUACAUGACAUUAUCGAGAAUAUCCAUGAAUCAAUUCACGAACUAGUGCGACAAGUGAUCCUAAUGAAUCUUCAAUUUGACUCGAAAGAAAACCAUCAAUGCGCACAAGAAAUUAUGAAAAUGGGAAAACAAGCUCCUUGGCAUUUAAAUAUGGAGUACGUGCAACGUGUUCGUACAUUGUGGUCCGACAAUGGCGUGAAAAAAUGCUUCAAGCGAUCCAAUGAAUAUCAACUGAUCGACAGUGCAAAAUAUUUCCUGGAUCGAAUUGAAAUAAUCUCCAUGCCUGGAUACAUUCCAACGAACGCGGACAUUCUCAACUGUCGAAAAACAACUAAUGGUAUACAAGAGGUACGUUUCCGUAUUACAAUGCCAAGAUCGUUUGGAGGGGGAUGUCAGGAGUUUCGAAUCUUUGACGUUGGCGGACAGCGCAGUCACAGGACCAAGUGGAUGCAGGUGUUCGAAGGGAUCGAAGCAGUGCUGUUUAUGAUUGCCUGCGGCAGUUUCGAUCAAACAUUAAGGGAGGAUCCUUCAAAAAAUCGUUUGGCUGAAGCGUUGGAACUGUUCAGAGGUGUUUGGCACAACCGGUUUCUGGCGGAGACGGGACUCAUUGUGUUUCUUAACAAGCAAGACAUUUUGAAGCAGAAAAUCGCAGCAGGAAAAUCGAUUAGAGAUUACUUUCCAGAAUACAAUGAGUUUCAGAUAGACAGUGACAUAUGCGAUGAGUACACAUGUACGAGAACUUUCAUAAAGUCUAUGCUGGUGGACAUAACGAACGAACCUCCACGGCGCACUUCUCAUUUGAUAAAGCGGAAACGUUCCUGCUAUUACCAUUAUACGAUUGCGACUGACACUAACAACGUUCGAAUGGUUUUUAAUGAUGUGCAUAAUAUUAUUCUAGCUAGAAAUUUACAAAAUAUAGAUGUUAUAUAA